CCCUCCCUAGCUAGCCCCUUCUGUAAAUACACCAGUGCUUCAAGAUCGAGAGGAUGCCAAAGUCUCUAUAAGAAGCCUGGCUACGUACAUUCAUAUACCAUCAGCUUAAAACAGCUAGUCAACUAUCAUGGCGUCCUCUCAGGAUUCGAAAUCGCCCAGCCUCGACCAGGCCCGUGUUAUGAUGUGGUGUACGCCUAGGUCAAUCUCAUCGGUCUUCUGCAAAUGUAUGAGCUUCGUUCCCGACAUCGACAUCUUCUUCGACACGUACUACUUUGCUUUUGAAGCCGAAUUGAAUCUGACGACCAUCGGUAAGGAGGUCGAUCAUGACGCCGAUAACCUGAGUGAUGACGACUGGCGAAAGGCGGCGGGGAUGGUAUGCGAGGAGGACUGUAGUGGUGAUCGAAUCAAACUAGACAUGCUCAAAUAUCCUUCGGUCAAGUCGAUGCUUGAUAACCCGGAACCAAACAAAAGGGUGAUCUUUUACAAGGGUGUCUCACAAUCUAUCGACAGUAAGCACUUCCGGUUCCUCCCAGACAAAUCCAGCAAUUACAAGCACUCCUUCCUACUCCGUCACCCAGCAAAGGUCUAUAGCUCCUGGAAGAAAGUCAUCUAUGCCGUUCUCAAAGACGUCGGGGAUGGUACGGGGAAGAAAAUCACGAAAAGUCUACAAGAUUUCGACCUGAGACGCGAUGUGCCGGAGAAGUAUAAUCUCACUGAUCUGCUGUACAAAGAGCUUCACGAUCUUUGGGUCCACGUCCGGGAAGACCUUGAUCCAUCUCCGGUUGUCAUGGAGAGUGAUGAUUUGCUUGCUGACCCGGCUGGGAUGCUUUCCAAAUACUGCAAGGCAGUCGGGAUACCGUACAAUGAUAGCCUUCUCUCCUGGGAUGCGAAUCCAGAUAUCACGGAUAUCUGGAAGUGUGCUUUCAUGCCGGUCAAGGAUUUCGAGUUCAUCCGCAUCUUUUGCCAUAACGCCUUCCAUACUUCUAAUUUCCUGCCCCCUCCUCCCGUUCCUUCCCUAGAUGAUCUUCCUGAUGACGUCAGAGAGGUGGUGGAGACAUCUAUGCCGUAUUACAACGCGAUGUACCAGACCAGACUGCUGUCUUAGUUGCUACUACCAGUUCAAUAGCGUAAUAUCUUGACCGUGUAUCUUAAUUUUCGUUUUUAUUCAUUGAUCAGAUUUGAAGCUUCAGCAAAAAAACGAUAAAAGCAAGUAAAUAUACAUGAAGAAAGUGGGAAAGAGAAAAAAAUGUAUCACCUGGUCUUUUUCUAAUAGGACGCAGGUCAAUCGAUCGGGAACUAUAACAAAUGCAUUGCUUAUGUUUUCAAAAUUUUGCUCGUUUGCUUUGCGACCUCGCACUCAAUGGUGUCAAUCAUCAUAAUUUUGUGAAGCCUUGAAUGAAUCGGGUACGAGAAUUACGCAUCUUAUGAGAAACGAAUAUGAAUGAAUGCCGUAUUAAAACAAAACCAGUAUCAAUAUUCAGUCUGCACUUUCAACCACGACCCCCCCCCCCCCCCCCC